CGGUGAGCGAGCAGUACCUUGACUUCACUCUCAAAUUACUCUGCUGUUUCCUCUCUCACUUUGGCAUGGCGGAAGAUGCACCAAAGCCAAAGCAACUGUGGGGAGAUGUGGAAGAUGAUCCUCCGUCUUCAUCUUCCACACCUGCAGUCGACCUCCCCGUGGAGUCUUUGACUAUUCACGAUGAGGCCAAGGAGGCCGAAUCACUUGACGAGCCGGAGGAUUCGAGCAUCCAGGCGGUUACUUCUGGUGAUACACCAUACACUUCUGCCAGUACUUUUGAAGAUUUGAAUUUGUCACCAGAGCUGUUGAGGGGGAUUUAUAGUGAGAUGAAGUUUGAGAGGCCUAGUAAAAUUCAGGCAAUCAGUUUGCCUAUGAUUUUGACUCCUCCUUACAAAAAUUUAAUUGCUCAAGCUCACAAUGGUUCUGGCAAGACGACUUGUUUUGUACUUGGAAUGUUGAGUCGUGUUGAUCCAAAGCUGCAAGUUCCUCAGGCCCUUUGCAUUUGUCCUACAAGAGAAUUGGCAAUACAGAAUUUGGAGGUGCUUCGUAAGAUGGGAAAGCACACAGGGAUUGAAUCUGAAUGCGCUAUUCCAAUGGACAGUGCAAACUAUACUUCAAUUUCACAGCGACAACCGGUGAAGGCGCAGGUAGUGAUUGGCACACCUGGUACAGUAAAGAAAUGGAUGUCACAUAGAAAAUUGGGCAUAAGCAACAUGAAGAUUCUUGUUUUUGAUGAAGCUGAUCACAUGUUGGCUGAGGAUGGAUUUAAGGAUGAUUCUUUGAGGAUAAUGAAGGAUAUUGAAAGGAGUGGUGCUCAAUGCCAGGUGCUUUUGUUUUCUGCUACUUUCAACGAUACAGUAAAAAAUUUUGUAACAAGGAUAGUCAAAGACUACAAUCAAAUGUUUGUAAAGAAAGAAGAACUAUCCUUGCAGUCUGUGAAGCAGUAUAAGGUGAAAUGCCCUGAUGAACUCUCCAAGAUUCUUGUGAUUAAAGACAAAAUUUUUGAGUUAGGACAAAAGCUGGGGCAAACAAUUAUUUUUGUCAGGACGAAGAAUAGUGCAGGAAUGUUACACAAAGCACUUGUGGAUUUUGGUUACGAAGUUACUACCAUUCAAGGAGCUCUUAGACAAGAAGAUAGAGACAAGAUAAUCAAGGAGUUCAAGGAUGGAUUAACCCAAGUUCUCAUAUCGACUGAUCUCCUUGCCCGAGGUUUCGACCAGUCAAGGGUGAACUUGGUCGUCAAUUAUGAUCUGCCGCUAAAAUAUGGGACACAGGCAGAGCCUGACUAUGAGGUGUACUUGCAUAGAAUUGGCAGGGCAGGACGUUUUGGCCGCAAAGGAGCUGUUUUUAAUUUGCUGUGCAGUGAUAAGGACAACAUCCUGAUCUCAAAAAUUGAAAAUCAUUUUGGGGUUCAGAUAGCAGAGAUUCCUUCGUGGCAAAAUGAUGAUGAUUUUGAGGCGGCAAUGAAAGAUGCUGGACUUUGUUAGUGGAUAGAGCCAAGUGGAUUAUGGAUAUUCCAGUUUCAGAAGAGAGUUGAUUUUUCAAAGAGGGACAGAGGGACAGAUGAUAGUCAUCUAAGGACCUUGUCUGGAAGGAGAUGAUUCUUUCCUAAGCAAGACAUACAUUCAAGAAAGACUUUUUGGAAGAUGUAUCUUUUAUAAUUUUCUUGUUAUUUCAGUUGGGUUUUUGAUGCAACUCUACUUAUAUGUAGCCAUAUGUAAACCCUUCCUCUCUCCUUCUCUCCCUAUCUCGUCACCUUCAUCUCACAUGAUUGGUUUUUUGUAAUUUUUACCGUCUUCUUUGGUCAUCUUUUUCUUUGACGAGGUUUGAUUUUGAUUCUCCAUCACCGGUAUAUGAUUCUCGGAAAUUAUUUAACAGAUGUAGUUGUUAAUGGGGGAAUUUGAGGCUUUGGUCUUCUGGUCUUGUUGGCAGCUGGCUUUGUGUUUGUGAGCGGUUGUGUAAUGGAAUUUUCCGAUUUAUGUUUUGCCUCACUUCCUUCUCCAGACGCAGACAAGUAAAAUAAUUAAGCGGGUGGUUUUUCAGUUA